AUGCAUUUUGUGAUGGCUGUGAGUCCUUUUGUGUUCAUUACUCUAUUUUUGUCACUGGUCGAAACCAAGUUCUACAGACCACUCCAAUUUAACCAGUAUAAAGCUGGGUUCAAUCACCACCAUGACCAAGGGAAAGCCACCAGCAGACACAAGAACCACUGCGCCUAUGUGGUUGAAAAGACAGUGUCCUUCACCGUGCAGGAUGGGGCAGCCCCAUAUGUAAAAGCUGAAUACAACAAGUGCUCCUGGGGUCAAAAAUGUCCAACUCUACAGUAUCGUCUGAUGUACAAACCAAUGUACAAGGUGGCACAUAAAACAGUCACAGAGCUGGAGUGGCGUUGUUGUCCUGGGUACUCUGGUUAUGGCUGUAUGGAGGGACAUCCAGUUUACCAACACCCCAUGAAAAGGAUGCCACCAUUCAAGGGCCAACCGAUGAAAGGCCCACAGUUUAAGGGCCCACAGUACAAAGUUCCCAUGUUCAAGGGUCCCAUGUUCAAGGGCCCACCUAUUAACACUGUUGUGAAGGCCAACCCAUGGAGUCGACCCAAAGGACCUCCCACAGGCAGUUUUAACUCCUACCCAAUGCGCUACUUUGGACCUCCGAGGACCUCCUCCUUCCCAGACACCUCCUUUGAGCCUUAUCCAUCCGAGCCGGAGCCAAUGCCAGAGCACCAGGAACCACAUCACACAGAGCACGACCAAGAACAUGAGCAUGAUCAUGAACAAAGCCAAGGACCUGAGGAACACAUACCAGAGGAAAUCCCUCCUGCUUCCUCUGAUGGUGAACAGCCUGAAGGCCAGGCUCUGGACAGUGAGACAGAGGAGCGAAUAUAUCGAAUGGAGGAGGAUGUGCAACGUCUAAACCAGGGCCUGGAAACCCUGAGGGGAAUCGUGAAUGGACUGGAAGAUAGUCUACGAGCCUCGCUGAGAGAGGAUGCCAACAGGAUGCUGUCAGCUCUUCUCUCUGCUGCCCCUGGUCCCGUUCCUGUUGUAGCCUCUGGUCCAUCCAGUGUAGGGUUUGUAGAGAUUCCAGGGGGCGACCCUGAGACAGAGGGUCUAGAUGGCAGACACGUGUUUCCAGGACUCACAGAACUGAAUGGAAGGGUAGAAGAGCUCAGGACAGGGCUGCAAGCCAAGACAGCAGAGCUGCAGGAACUCAAAGCAACAGUGACAGGACACGAUGGAGCACUGAAGAAGAUGUCAAAUAGAGCUGGGGUGGUAUCAGACUCCAACGGAAAUCUUGGGGAAAAUGCGCAGAAAGCUAUGGAGAACUUAAUGGACGCAAAGCUGAGUGUAGCCAGGACAGAAAUUAUUGGUGGGUUUGAGAAACGGGUGGAGAGUGCAGAGGGGCGAUGCGAGGACAAAGCUGGGGAUUUGCGUCUUCAGUGCCAGAAGGAGCAAAAUAAGAGGCAGGAGCAGAUGGAGGACGCUCUGGAGGAGAGUAACACAGACUUGAGAACAGAGCUGAGAAACCUCCAAGCACAGCUCCAUGGUUUAAAAGCAACAGAGAGCUGUUCUGGUAGAGUGAGUGGACUGGUUGAAAGGGUACAAAUGCUGGAAACAUCCAUAGCAGGCCUCAACCAAUCCCAGGGGCACCUGAGACUGGAGCUAGGUGGACACAAGGACCACAUAGAGGGAAUGCUGGAGGGGCGUCUAGGGUAUGUAGAGGCCAAGCUCAACCUGACAGGGGAGAUUAACAUUGAUGAGUCUGGAAGGGGGAGUGGUGUCCCAGACAGAGUGGGGACAGGACCAGGGGUGGAAGCAAUAAUGGAUGGUAAGCUGAGGGCUCUGGAAGGCCGUUUACUGACGGCUUUGGAGGAGCUGGGUAAUGCCACUGCUCCCGCACUGCUGGAGGGUCAUUCUGUUCCCACUCUGGAGACAGAGCUGGAGUCUCUCAGAGGGAGACUAGAGAUAGAUGUGGACAGAGUUCAGAAACACCUGAGCAGCCUUGAGAUUCUCUGCUCUUCUUCCUGUUCCUCACCUCAAAACCCAUCUGCCGUCCAAGGAGACUCAGCGGCACCAAGUGCCAACCUGGCAGAGGAGCAGAAUGUGAAGGAUGAACUCAACAAGCAAGGUGACCGUUUGAAUAGCCUCAAUGUUACGCUGCAGAACAUCCAGAAGUGUCUGACCUCCAGGGACCAGCAGGAACAAGCAGAGGGAGAUUAUCCCAUCCAGGGAGAGCUCACAAUCCUCAAGUUCAAUGUCCGCUCAGUCAACCAUACCCUCAAAGGCCUCCAGGAUUCCCUGGGGACAGUGGUUCAUCAGGUGGGCCAAGCCAACAGCUCCUGGCAUGAGAGAGAGGCUCGUCUGGCCCAGCAGAUAAAGGGUGUGGUGCAGCUGGUUGGACAUCAGGCUUCCAUGCUUGGUGCAGGUGAACGCAGACUGACCCGGGUUAAAGGUGAGCUGCAGGAGAUGAAGAGGCGGCUAGCUGAGGAGGUCCGGGGCUGCCGGAGCACAGCAAUGGGGGUCCAGAAAGAAGUUAUUGAGGUUGGAGGGCGUGUUACCAGUGUGGAAGACCAGUGCAAGGGCCUGAAUUACCUAGCAGAUGACCUGGAGAGAAUCAGGGAGGAGUUGGAGAGACAAUCGAAUGGGCUUCUCGUGCAAGUCAAUGGGACUCUUUCCAGUCAUGCUCAGCAGCUGUCUGAGCUGAGAGGCGAACUCCGAAACUGCACCUCCCAGGUAGAACCAACACAACAGAGUUUAGAGCUGGAGCCAGAGCUGAGACGAGGGGACACCUUCACUUUGAAUUAG